CGUAGUCUAUUUGGAAAAAAAAAAACGGCUUUUGCUCUCUCUCUCGAUGUUCUCUCCCAAACCCCAAGAACCCCCAAAACAAAACAGCCGCCAUUGCCACCGACGCGUCUAGCCCUCCUUCCUCUGUUUCUAUUAGCCUCUCAGUUCUUAACUCCUAAAUGCGACUCCAUCUCCCUCUCUCCUCUACCUGCUGCUUCCUUUCACUGUUUCGUUUUAAAGUUUUCUGCUGCAGAUAUGCUCCAUCGAUGUUGCUCUGAACUACUCCACUACCCAUCCUCUUCCAUCUUGGUUGAUCGCCUUCAGGUAUCGAGAAGAAGAUGAGCAGCAGCUCCAGCUCCCACCGGAAUUCAGUCAUUAAAUGCAAAGGGGUGGUGUGCCGGGGACCGGAGGAAUGGAAGGUGGAAGAGAUAGAGGUGGAUCCCCCUCAGGCUUCUGAAGUCCGUAUUAAGAUGCUCUACGCCAGCAUUUGCCACACCGAUUUCCUCAUCUCCGAGGGCUUCCCACUUCCUCUUUACCCUCGCAUUCUCGGACACGAAGGCAUCGGUGUGGUAGAAAGCGUCGGGGAGAAAGUGGCGGAGCUGAAGGAAGGAGAUUUGGUGAUGCCGUGCUAUGUGGCGGAGUGCGGGGAGUGCGAGAACUGCACCUCUGGGGUCACCAAUAUGUGCCUUACCCAUCCCUUCACCUUCUCGGGGCUCAUGCCCGACGGCACGUCCAGGCUCCACCUGCCAGCAGCGGGCAGGGCCGGCGGAGGAGCUAGCCAUCGCCAGCCCUUGUACCACCUCUUGUCCUGCUCCACCUGGUCGGAGUACGCGGUGUCCGAUGCCAAUUUUGUGAUUAAGCUGCAGGACUUCCAACCCGACCUCCCCCAGCUGUCCCUUGCCAGUUUCCUAUCUUGCGGGUUCUCCACCGGGUUCGGGGCUGCCCAGGUUGAAGCUCGAGUUGAGAAGGGAUCUUCAGUUGCUGUGCUCGGCCUCGGUGCCGUUGGACUCGGGGCGGUGGAGGGAGCAAAAGUGCAGGGGGCGGCCACGAUAAUUGGGGUGGACAAGAACGAGAUGAAGAGAGAGAAGGGCAAAGCUUUUGGCAUGACUCAUUUCAUCAACCCCGACCACUCCCCCGACCGGUCCAUCUCCGACCUCAUCAAAGACUUGACCGAUGGUCUCGGGGUCGACUACUGCAUCGAAUGCACCGGGGUUGCACCCUUGAUCACUGAGGCCCUUGACUCCACCAAAGUGGGAAAAGGUAAAGUGAUAAUGGUUGGCGCUGGGCAUACAAGUUUCUCUGUCAAUUCCGUCUCGCUUCUCGCUGGAAGGACACUGAAAGGAACCAUAUUUGGUGGGAUCAAGCCCAGAUUCCACCUUCCCCUUUUACUCGACCGAUGCAAGAGCAAGGAGAUCCCACUUGACAAGCUUCUGACUCAUGAAAUCCAACUGGGAGAUAUAACCAAGGCAAUCGAGAUGGUGCAUAGCCAAGAUUGCGUCAAGAUAUUAAUCAGGAUUUGAAAUUCCAACCCGAAAAACCAAUACAUAGCGCGUAUGGUGUGGUAUAGUUGUUGUAACAAAAAAAAAAAAAAGAAGAGUUGAAUUAGUUAAUUACCACUUCUGCCCAAGUGUGCUCUCCUUCUAUAUUUAUAUUUUGUGAUUAAUUACUGGCAUUGCUU